UGCAGUUGAGAGGGAGGGAAAUGAAAAAGUAACUGCAGCUUUGAAUUGCAAAGAUCAUCCUAUUUCGGAAACAACUUGGGCGUAUUUGGUAACUGUGCGUCGUCUCUUCAUACCCGGGUAUUUUUUCCUCAAUCUCUUCGUAUCUUACCAAUAUUUUUGACUCACUGUUGCCAUCGGGCACUUUGCGGAAGAUUGCAUACCCCGCCUCAGGGUAAAGCCUGCGACGAGACAGCAUGGGCGACGACCAGCCUCAAGUCGAACUCUUUGUGAAGGCUGGCAGUGAUGGGCAGAGCAUUGGGAAUUGCCCCUUCUCCCAGCGUCUCUUCAUGGUGCUCUGGCUGAAGGGAGUCACUUUCAACGUCACCACCGUAGACAUGAGGAGAAAGCCGGACAUCCUAAAGGACCUGGCCCCGGGUGCCCAGCCCCCUUUCCUGCUGUACGGCACGGAGGUCAAGACGGACACCAACAAGAUAGAGGAGUUCCUGGAGGACAACCUCAGCCCUCCCAAGUAUCCUAAGCUAGCAGCCCGUAACCCAGAGUCCAACUGUGCUGGCGUAGACGUCUUCGCCAAGUUCUCGGCGUACAUCAAGAACUCAAAUCCUGGCAUGAAUGACAAUCUGGAAAAAGGCCUCCUGAAAGCCCUGAAGAAGCUGGACGACUACCUGGGCUCUCCACUUCCUGAUGAGAUUGACCAGACGAGUGCAGACGAUGUCACUUCUUCUUCCCGGCCGUUCCUGGAUGGCCAGGACCUCACGCUGGCAGACUGCAACCUGCUGCCCAAGUUGAACAUCGUCAAGGUGGUGUGUCUGAAGUACAGGGACUUCUCCAUCCCUCGUUCUCUGACUAACCUGUGGAGGUAUCUGGACGCCGCCUACGCCAGAGAGGAGUUCUCCUCCACCUGUCCCACCGACCCCGAGGUGCACUUCGCAUACGCCCAGGUGGCCAAGGCGCUCAAGUAGAGGAGGACACACACACACACACACACACACACACACACACACACACACACACACACACACACACACACACACACACACACACACACACACACACACACACACACACACACACACACCAAGUGGCCAAGGAUCUCAAGUACAGAAGGACAAACACACACACACACGGAUCUUGAGAUGCACUACGCAUACGCAUCAGUAGCUUUGGCCCUUAAGAAGGACACACACAAACACACACGCACGCAGGCAACCACUUACACACACACACACACACACACACACACACACACACACACACACACACACACACACACACACACACACACACACACUGACGUAUACAGUAUGUGCAAAUAUACAUGUUUUUUUAAAUAAAAAAUAAGCACAAAAAUCCCCAAAGACAGGUCUUUGAAAGGGAAAACAUUUCUAUUGCUGUCCUACAGCCAUUACAUGAGGUUAAAGUUAAAACGUUAAAAAAGUAUUUUAUGUCUAUCUUACUCAAACUCUCUCUGUCACACACACACACACACACACACGCACACACACGCACACAAACACACACACCUCUACAGACAAUGCUCUAAUCUAAUGCAUGCAGCUUCAUUCAUACGCUAUGCCCAGAUACUAGACACACCAACCAUGUAAAAGUGUUUCUGUUUUUUUGUUGUUUUUUUUAAAUAAUGUUUUCAUCCCUCUCUGCACUAAUUCAUUAAGGGAGAAUGAAUGCCCCCUAAAGGUCACAUCAUAGGCGUCCAAUCCUUGCUUUCAUAAUUCUUAUCAGCUUGAACACACAAGGCCUUGAGCAAAUAUGGUUCUACUCAGCUAAGAGUGCGUUCAUCUAGAUUGCAGUCGUAAUCUACAGCACGUUGCCUUCUCUUUUGACUUGAGGGUUUCCGAUGUUUUGUGUCUGUGUGCCCUAGUCCCCAUGUACCUGUACCUGUGCGUGCGCAGUAAGCUACCCCCCACCCCCCCUUUGUGUUUUUUUCUGCUUUCAUUUCCCUGUAUGUAAAUCACAGUUGUGGCGAAUGUCCUUGAAAGCAGGUUCGCCGGCAUGUUCAAACAAUCACCCGCUCACAUACACACACACACACACACAGACACGCUUCAGGUCAUACGCACACGCUUUGUGGAUUUGUACACACCUAUUAAUGCACUGUAAGCACAACCUGUUUAGUCAAUAGCAGCACCCAACAAACCUGUACCAAACGGACAUGUUUUGUUUUGUUUAAUUUGUCACAUGUUACCUGCUGUGCAAUGCUCCUUGGCAGGGAAGAGUUUGAGGUGAGGUAGAGAAGAGGGUGGGGUACAGUGUUGCUCUUGACACACACACACACACACACACACACACACACACACACACACACACACACACACACAUAGACAUACAUAGACACACACACACACACACACACACACACACACACACACACACACACACACACACACAUACAUACAUACAUACAUACAUAGACAUGCACAUGCGCCGACAAACAUGCACGCACACACAUACACACACCAGUACACCUGCCCUACCGAUCCAGUCUUGCACUUUGUAUCUGCACCAGAAGCCAUUGAGACAUGUUAUUCAUUUGUCACAUGCUGAAUGUUUUGUGAAAAAAAGGUUU